AUGGACGACUACCCUAUGGAUUCAAUACUCAUAGGAGCAGAGGAGUUUGUUUACACAACCCAUGUGACCCACCAGCAGCUCUUCUAUGUGCACGUUGAAAGCAGAUCUUCAAUUCUGGAUGAAAUCAUGAGUAAACUGGAGACUCGCUACAGCCACCUGAGACCUGAGGAGAAGCCAUUGUUGAAUAAAAGAAUUGGUAGUUUGUGUGCUGCCAAGUUUACAGAUGAUGGUGUCUGGUAUCGAGCAAAAAUUACAGGCUUGCUGAAGAAUGGACACAUUGAAGUGCAGUUUGUUGACUAUGGCAACACAGAUUAUGUGACCGAGGAGCGCAUCAAAGCAAUUGAUCCUGACCUUAUCAAGUACCCCGUGCAAAGCUAUAGGUGCUGUCUUGCAGAUGUUUCCUGUACCCAGGGAUUUUGGACUCCGGAAUUGAUUAUCCAGUUUGAGGACAGAGUGAUUGACAGAAGAUGUAAGGCAGUGUUUGUUGGAGAGAAAGAAAAAGAUGAGACGUACCUGCUACAGAUGUUUGACAGUGAAGGCAACAAUAUCAACCAGUUGUUUGGAGCUGCCAGCCGGCCAGACAAAACACAUCUCCAGAAUGGAACAUCUCAUGGAAGUGGUUUUAGAGAAUCCUCAUUUGAUGUUGGAACUGUCUUUCAGGCUGCUGUUGUUUAUGUGAAAAAUCCUGGCCUUUUCUGGUGCCAAAACACACAGUUUGCCAGUGACAUUUUAAUCUUGUCCGAGGAGCUGUCCCGUGUGCACAUGGUCCAGGAGAUGAAACCACUAGUGGACGUGCGCCCGGGGGCUGUUUGUGCGGCUAAAUUUAGUGAAGACGAGGCCUGGUACCGGGGCAUAGUUCACAGUGUGUCUGGUAACCAAGCCAAAGUUUACUUUGUUGACUACGGCAACACAGAAGUUGUCAGUCUGAAUGUGGUGUGUAACCUCAAGCCUGAGAUGAGAUCCAUGCCAGCCUUGGCAAUCAAGUGUCGGCUGAAUAAUGUGGACAACAAGGGCAGAGAGUGGAGACCAGACAUAAUUGAGGCUUUUGAGGAACUGGUAGUUGACAAGGAGUUUGAAGUGAAAGUUGUGGGUAAAGAGGGUGACAUUUAUGUUGUGACAUUGUUUGAUGUUGUGGAUAACAAAGAUGUUGGGGCUCAGCUACAGUCUAUAAUGCGAAGCGUAAAUCUGGCAGCCACAAACCAGGAUAUCAACUGUAACAAACAGAUACCCUCAGCUGCUUCUUCUGGCAUUGGGCCGUCACUGAAUGUUGGCAGCAAGGUGGAUGUCUACUUAUCGUGGGUUGACAGCCCAGGGGAUUUCUGGGUGCAGCUGAGCAGCGCAGAGCAGCUUCUGGAGCAGAUGUCUCAGCAGCUUCAGGAGGUGUAUUCUCGCCAGCAGCCAUUAGCCCAGCCCACCCCUGGAGCAUUCGUUGUGGCCAAGUUUUCUCAGGAUGGGAUGUGGUACAGGAGUCUGGUGCUGAAAGUGUUCGAAGACGGCCAUGUGCGUGUGUUGUUUAUAGAUUAUGGUAACUCAGAUGUAGUCCCUGUCACGGACCUGCGCCAGGUGACAGCUGCAUUUGGUCAGGUGAUACCUCUGGCUUCUCGUUGCUGUCUGGCAGGAGUGAAGCCCUUAUCAAAGGGUGACAAGUCAUGGGGGGUUGAUGCCAAGAACAUUCUGGAGAAACUCACUGACAAUGGGUGCCAAUGUGAACUUUUGAGUGAAACAAACUCUCUUAAAAUUGUCAGUUUAAAAGUUGGCAGUCGAGAUGUGGCCAGGGAGUUGCUGAACCUGGGAGUUGUUGCCGAGUCUACAUCAGAGUCAAAGACUGUCACCCCUUUAUAUUGGCCUGAGUUAACAGUAAAAAAGUCUGAAACAAAAGAAGUUGUUGUGACACACAUAGACUCCCCAAAGAAUUUUUUCUGUCAGAUAACUGCAAACAUUCCAUUGCUACGAGACCUCAUGAAGCAGAUCAGUCAGCAGUAUGCAAGUGGUGACCACACCCCACUGGAAGAACCCAUCCCAAACCAGGCCUGUGUAGCAUUCAUCAGUAAAGAGAAAUCCUGGUAUCGUGCCAAAAUAACCAGCAUAUCUUCUUCAACAUACAGUGUGCAAUUUGUGGAUUAUGGCAACUCUGAUGUAGUGCCCAAAUGUAACGUCUUUGUGGCAGAGCCCACACUGAUGGCGCUGCCAGCUCAAGCGUUUCCAUGUUGCAUCUCUGUCAGCUCAGAUUCAAGUUUCCUCACAGAAGCAUUUAAAAAAGCAGUUUUCAAAAGAGAACUACAGAUGCAGGUUCUAGAAGUAUCUGCAGGCAAAGCUGUUGUUGAGUUAUUUGAUGGAAAAACCAAAGUCUCAGAUUUACUUUCAGGUAGCAAGCAUGCAUCAGGAGAAGUAGAUUUUGUACCUGCAAAGAGGAUUCCAGUUGGUUCAACUGUGAAAGCCUUUGCCAGUUUUGUGGUGUCACCCAACAAGUUCUUUAUCCAAAUGACUGGAGUUGAUGUAGAGCUAGCAGAUCUCAUGGACAACAUAGCACUUGUGUACAGCUCUGAUGAUCCACCUCCAGCGAUUAACAGUCCUCACUCUGGGCAACCCUGUGUUGCUCUUUAUGCAGAGGAUGACAGUUGGUACAGAGGCCAGAUUGUGGCUGUUAAAGGAAGUGCUUGCGUGGUCAUGUUUGUAGACUUUGGAAAUGAAGACACGGUCAGCAAUAAAAACAUCAGAGUGCUGACACCAGAGCUGGCUCAGGUGCCGGUGCUGGCCUACAGGUGUUCUGUACAUGGUGUGCCAGAAACAGAGUGGUCAGAGGAUGCUCUAGAAUAUUUUGAGACACUGAUAAUGGAGCAGGAGCUGACCUGCACUUUUGUCACCCCCUCAAGUGUCAGGGUUAUGAUUGGUACCCAGGAUGUUGCCAGUCUGUUGCUGAAGACACGUUGUGGUGCUACCCCUGAGAUUUCAUCUCCGCUUGGCAGGGAAAGGGAGUCCGACUCAGAUGUUAGCAAAGGAUCCAAGCUAGGACAGUCCAGCCAUGAGGCCAAGGCUGGGAGAGGAGGUGGGUCAAGUGAUGAUAGUGCUUGGGACAAUAAUGACGAGACAGGUGCUGAUUCAAAUGCUUUUGGUAGAAGGGGGGAAGAUGGAGUUAAAAGUCACUUGAAAUAUACAGAUAUUAGGAGAGAAGAGCUAGGAUCUGGUGAUGACAGGGGCAGUAGAGCAGGUGGCGGCAGGAAUGGAAGGGAUUCCAGAGUUGAAGACGGGAGAAAAGACUUUGGAUCUGGUUACGGUAGAGACAGGGGUGAUAGGAGAGGAGAUAGGGGGAAUGUGAGAGGAGAUAGGGAGGAUAUGAGAGAAGAUAGGGGGGAUGUGAGAGGAAGGGAUUCUAGAUUUGAAAAUGACAGAAGAGGUUUGCAUUCUGGUCAUCAUGAAGAUAAUGGGAGCAGGGGUGGAAGAAGUGUGGAAUCUGGUGGCUUUAGAGACACCAGAGACAGGCGUGGAAGAGAGCCCAGAUUCGAGGGUGCCCAGAGGCGAGAUUUUGGGUCUAACGAUGGGAGAGAAAGUGAUAGUUCUAGUGGCAGUCGGCAUGAACGAAACUUCAGAUCUGCAGGAGCACGUGGGAGAGAACCAGAUUUGGGCGGGGACAGAGGCCAAGGAAGUUUCAGAUUUGGUGGCAGUCAGGAGUCAACAUUUGGUAAAGGUCACAAUGAUAAGAGAACGACCACAGGUCAAGCCUUGGCAGACACAAAUGCAGAUUUCAAAUAUCCAGAGAUCCCAGAUGAACCAGAGAGCACUGUCUUGGUUCACAUGGAUGAGGAUGGAACAUUCUACCUUCAGCUGCCUUCCAUGGAAAAGGACAUUCUUUUUUUGUCCAGACGUGUAGCAGGAAGUUAUAAAGGAGGAAGUGGGCCCCGACUCAGGGAGACCCCGAUGGUGGGUACUGUGUGUUGUGCCAAGUUUGCAGAUGAUGGCAAUAUGUAUAGGGCUAAAGUGGAAGAGAUUCGUGUCGGUAGAGCGGUUCUGCGAUACGUUGAUUAUGGCAAUAUAGGAGAGAGUGCUUUUAGUGACCUGAAAUUCUUGUUUCCUGACCUGCUGCAGUAUCCAGUUCAGGCCUUUCCCUGCAAGCUCCGUGGCUAUAACUGGUCCCUUGAAAAGGCUGAAAAAUUUGCGAAAGCAACUUUGGACAAAGAGCUGAAAGUGACUUUCAUCGGCAGUACCUGUCCGUUUGAAGUGGACAUCACGACACCUGAAGGGGAUCUUCUGAAAAUCUUGACAGGUGAAUCCGCACCUCCAGUUGAGAAACUCUCACCAAAGCCUUCUGGGAUGUUAUCCAGAUCCACUGGCUUUGAGAAGAAAUCUUCGUCUGGGGGGUUUGGUUCAAGGGCUCCAAAUUCUGAGAGUGACUCUAGGAAAGUCGGCUCCAGUUCACCUAGAAAAGGAGAUACUUGUGAACCGCCUUCUAUAACACUACCUAAACAGGUUUACUCUCCUCAGCCCCCACCACAAGACACUCUUGCUGCUGUGAUCUCUCACGUUGGAAGCGAUGGCUUUUUCUACUUGCAGCUUACAAAAGAUCUACCAACACUAGAUUCCAUUUCAGAAAAACUUCAAGUCCUGCCAGAAGACAUUAAACAUCCAGAUGUGUCCCCAGGUGCUUCCUGUGCUGCAGUGUUCUCUGAGGACUCAGCUUGGUACCGGGCUAAGAUCACUGAAACACAUGGCGAUUCUACUCUGUCACAUGCUGGAAGCAUCAAACCUCUGUCUCCUGAACUGUUAGCCUAUCCACCCUUGGCGUAUCAGAGUCAGUUCCCCGAGCUGGGUGCCUUGUCCACAGAUGCCCAGGCUAAACUAGCAGAAUACCUGACAGAACACCAGGUAACGACUGAGCAGGGAGAAGAUCUACAGGAUGUAGUUUGUCCUCUAAAGAAAUACCGCGCUCCAGUUGUCCCUUCAGAAGUCAUGCCAGUGGGUGUCACUCACAUUGAGGAUGAUGGGAGAUUCUUUGUUCAGCUCUAUCAGAACUAUUCGGCUGUGACAGUGCUGCAGGAUGAUCUCGGCAAUGUUGUUGGACUAGAGUCGCUGAACCUUGAAUCAGCACAAGUGGACAUGCCAUGUUGUCUCAAGGUGGACACAGGCAUCUGGCACAGAGGGACAGUUAUUGACAUUACUGAUCACUCUGUUCAUGUUUUCCUGGUUGAUUCUGGAAAAACAGUUACAACUGAUGUCGACAGUCUCCGAUCUUUGCCUGUCCAGUUUUUGAAAACUCCACCAUUUGCCCUUGAAUGUCGCCUGAAGGGGGUGGAGAAAUGGACUGGGUGUUUACGGGAAAAGUUCUCAGAAAUGACCCAGGACAAGAUUCUGAAUGCUACUUUCUACAAUAAGACAUUUCCACUGAGAGUGUCUCUAGCCAGGAGCAUAGAGUUGGACCUGCUGGGACUUGCUGCUCCACCACCGGACAGCCCCGUCAGGUCUCCAGCACGGAAACCCUCACAACCAGCGUCGGCCGAGGCUAAAACUUCCUACAUAUCACAUGUGGAUGCACAUGGUGGCUUCUAUGUGCAGUCUGUGGACAGGGAGGAGCAGCUGAACGACCUGGCGGACAACCUGGAGACUCUGCUCUCCAACAGUGAGCAUCUGCAGGAAGUGGCAGCCGGAGACGUUGUCUGUGCCCAGUUCACCGAAGAUGAUGCCUGGUACAGGGCACAGGUCGAGUCAUGCACGGAUGACGGACAGUUCGUCAUUCGAUUUAUCGAUUAUGGUAAUUCUGAUGUGGUAGGAGAAGAUCGGCUAAAAGCUCUGCCUCACGAGGUGGACAUAUUGAUUGUCCCACCUUUUGCUGUCAAGUGUCGAUUCUUUGGUGUGACGAAUGAUUUGACCCCAGAACAAGUGGACACGUUCAGAGAAACAGUUGCUGACCAGAGAGUGGAGGUUGUUUACAGGAGUCUGGAAGAUGAUGUCCACGAAGUUGAGGUGUCACUGGAUGGAUUACGCCUGGCGCAGUUGUUGGGGCUAAACACUCAGACUACAGUGCCAGCUGUUCAAGAUCUAGAAAAGCGUGAAGCCGAGCCUGUUGUAGAGAAGGCUGAAGACUCUGGCAUCAUGGAGUCCCAAGACUCCUGCAGAUAUCCAGGAGCCUCUUCAGAUGUUGUAGAUUCAACCGGUGGUGCCUUUGAGGUAGUAUUUUCUGUCAAAGGUGAACCAUCAGACACAUCUCCACUGUUAGUCAGUGGUAGCUCGGCGGCUGCGGAAGCUGCCAGCUCAGGAGACUCAGCUCGAAUCUCUGUGUCAGUUGAUGACAGGAUGGAAGUCAUCAUAAGCCACGUGGACAGUCCACACAAUUUCUACAUGCAGCUGGUCAGUAAUCAGUCCGGCCUGGACGGCAUGAUGAACACCAUAUUUGAGCAUUUCUCCAGCCUGUCUGAAUCAGUGGGGUCAUUGGAAGGCAUCAGCGUUGGGGAUGUUUGUGCUGCUCUCUUUGAAGAUGAAUCCUGGUAUCGAGUCAGAGUGGACAACUUGCCCGGAGAUGGUACCUGUGAGAUCUUUUACCUGGAUUAUGGCAACACAGAGACAGUUGAUAUCACCAGUGUUCGGCACCUGCCAGAGAGGUUCCAGCGCAUGUCUUCUUGGGCUUUAAAGGCAAGACUUGGAGGGGUCGCUUCUGCAGAUGAUCACUGGACAGAGGAGGCUGUGCAGGAAUUCAAGAAGAUGGUGGACAAGAGACACUUGCUGGCUGAUAUCCUACAAGUCAGUGAAGAUGGGUCUGAGUGCACCGUCCACCUGCUGUACAUGGGAAUCCCUGUCCAUGAGGGGCUGAUCAAACAAGGACUUGCUGUGGCCAUUGAUGAUGGGCUGAUCAGUAAGAACCUGCAGCAUUUCUACAGUGAUGGGGACAGCUAUGGGGCAGGAGCUCGCACUGAUGAGUCGGCAGGAUGUUUAGAAAGUACACAUCUAGAGGAGAUGAUACAUCUGCUGAAGAGAAACUGGUGUGUAUCCAGCAGUCUGCAAGAGCUAAAGGAAGUCAAUGCCUACGUCAGUCACUGUUCAGACAUCUCCGGCCACUUCUGGUGUCAGCUUAGCUCCAGCUCAGACUUGUCAGAGAUCAGCUCUUCACUGGCCAGCAUCUAUAAGGCACCAUCCAAAGAUCUCCUCCCUACAGAACCUCUGUGUGUUGGGGACGUUGUUGUGGCAGUGUUUGAUGAUGAUGGAGAGUUUUACAGGGCACAGAUUUUGAGUCUGGAGGGAGUCCGGUUUGUGGAUUACGGCAAUGAAGGUGAAGUCUCCCAGGACCUGGUCUUCAAGUUGGAUGAGAAGCUGUAUGCUUGGCCAGCUCAAGCAUUUUGUUGUUGCUUAGACAAGGUCCAGCCUGUGGAGGACACCUGGUCUUCAGAAGCUGCACAGAAACUUUCUGAGCUAGUGCUUCACCAGGAGUUGCUUGUGAAACUUGUAGGUAGGGAACAGGAUGGCAUCAUGUUAGUAGAUGCAGUGCUGCAAGAAUUGGGCCAGUCUCUAAAGGACCUGCCUGCUGAAACCCAGGCCAAGACGUCUUCUAAAUGUUUAGAAACAUCCACAGCGGGGGAAAUUUCUGAGAUUGAAUCUCUGGAGAUGUCACAGCCAAUCUUAGAAUCAACCACAAUGGUUGGGAGCAGCCUGGCAAAGAGAGUGCCCACAGUCACCUUCGAGGAGGCAGGCGACCAACAGUUUGGGUCGAUGAAACUAAGCCAGCACACAGAGUAUGAUGUGAUUGUCAGCAACGAUGAGCUGCCCAGUUCUUUCCACGUCCAGCUGUUGGAGCUUCGGAGCCAGUACUUGGCCUUGAUGUCAGAGAUUGCGGAUCAUAUUGUUUCUGACACCUCAGGCGAAACUGCCCUCUUCAGCCCUGAACUUGGCGAUGCUUGUCUGGUGCAACACUGUGGUCUGUGGUACCGUGGGCUUAUCACCGCCAGGGAGUCAAGCUCUUGGAAUGUGAAGUCAGUAGACUGUGGCUGGACUGUCAGUGUCUCCUGUGACAAGCUGAUGGCCUUACCUGCACACCUGAAGGAACUACCUGCCCAGGCUGUGCCCUGUUACCUAGCAGGGAUUGUUUCCGUGGAGUUGGAAUGGGCGACAGAUGGUGUCAGUUUCUUCAUAGACAGUGUCCGGGAGGCCAAGCUGUGUAUGUACGUGCUGGAGUGUGCUGACGAUGGCAAGUACGGGGUCUACCUCAGUGACCUUGACAACACCAGCUCUCAGUCUGUGAACAGGGCGCUGGUUGACCUGGGCUAUGCGGAGGUCGUGUUAACAGUCAAUUGUUGCAGGGUGGAAUCAAUCAGUUCCUUGUUACUGGAUGUUUCCAAACAACUUUCCACAGAACUGUGUGCAAGAAACUAUAGAUGUGAAAGACAGACAGAUAUUGUAGAGGUGCCAUCUGUUGUUUAUGCAGAAGAUAGAGAUGAGAUUGUCAACAUGGUAGCUCCUGAAGACAAGAGUGGGGUUUGUAGAGGAGUCAGUGACACCAGAACCUCUGUGGGUGAUGUGGGUUGUAGACGAGAGGCAGUAGAUUCUGUCAUCUGUGGGUGUCAGCUGACAGAAGAUGAAGUGUGUGGUAUUUGUCCUGACGCUAGGGUCAGUGAUGAGGGGUGUGGUGAUCAGGCAGUCACUGCUGCUGUCUUUGGGGGCGAAGUGAUUGAAACUGUCUGCCCAGAUGCAAGGAUCAGUGUUGAGCCCAUUAAUGCUGCUGUCUUUGGGUGCAAAGUGGUAAAUGAAUUGCAUAGCAUCUACCCUGAUGCUAAGAUCAAUAAUAUGGCCUGUGGUGAUGUGGCACUUGAUGCUGCUGAUUAUGGAUGUGAACUGACAGAAAGUGAAGAGUGUAGCAUCUGCCCUGAUGGGAGAAUCAGUGAUGUAGGAUGCAGUAAUGCCUCACUUAUUGUCUGUGCACCUGACCUGGAAACAAAUGAAAUGUAUCUUGGGGAAAGGCUGGAUGCAGUAACAACACCACAAGAGGCCAUCACUACUAGUGACAGGGGUUGCUAUCCUGCAUCAUUUGCUUUGUGUGAGCAUGGCUUACUUCCUUUGUUUGAGUUUAUCAGCAAUAACCAAUUUUUUUCUACGUUUG